AUGAAGCAAGUUUCUGUAAGACAGCUAGAACUUUUGGUAGAUUUUAUGGAGAAACAUAGAAUGUUGGCACUGGGACGGGUCCGAGGCAAAGAAGGGCAUAUUUUGUCCACUAAAUUGUGGACCGAGCUAGCGGCAAUAUUGAACAGCGAAACAGCAGACCCUUCCAUUUACAGGUCAGCGAAAGAAUGGAAUAAAUUUUAUAAUGACUAUAAAUGUCGAAUAAAAAACAAAUUUCGUAAAAUUGUACAAAACCAACGGAAAACAGGUGGUGGACCUUCAGAAGCUCAGCCGUUAUCGGGACUGGAAGAAAGACUUUGUUCCAUAUUAGGGAACAAAUUUGACGGCCUUCCAGUCCGACAAAAUCCCAUACCCACCUCAGAAACUGAGGAUAUAAUUAUUCCAUUAGAUCACACAAAUAUUACAGGAGAUUCUCAAAUUAAUUUUGAUGCGGAGACUUUAGAAAUUAUGGACAGUGAGACUCCAUUAAGAGUUGAGAAUGAGAAUACUACAAUUGAUGACAUCCAGCCAUCAACUUCUUUAAGUUUUAAUGUGCCUGUAGACAAAGCUAAAACUGAAACAUUAAAUAGUAAUAGGAUUUUCCGCAAUAAUAUAAAAAAGGGUAAAAGCCAGAGAAUAUCUGAGAGGGACCCUAAAGAUACAGAAGUAGAAAGGCGAAAACUGUUUUAGCCAAUUUAAAAAAAGCUCGACUAGAAAUAAACAAGUCACAAAUACAGG